AGUGGCCCACUGGCCACCUGCUGGGCCAGGGAAGGGCCCAGCCCCUGGGCCCGAGGGAGCGCUGACUCUAGCCAGGCUCCCUAGGAUCAUGUGUGUGAUGUCUCCUGCCCCCAAUGGCACCGCUGGGCCUGUGCAAGUGGCCGUCAGGAGCCGGCCGCCCAGUAUCUCCAGCCAGCGCUUCACCUACCAGGACCCGGUCCUGCUGAGCCUGAAUCCCCGGCGGGGCCCCCAGGCAGGGGGCACCCAGCUCACCAUCCGCGGGCAGCACCUGCACACAGGAAGCAACAUCAGUGUCUUUGUGGGGGAUCAGCCCUGCCCCAUCCAGGAGCCUGUGUGUCCUGAGGCCAUUGUGUGCCACACUACGCCCCAGGCAGUCCCAGGGGAAGCCGCGGUCCGAGUGGUCUUCGGCCAUGCCCAGCGUACACUGCGCACCAGCCCCUUCCUCUACACUGCAGACCCCCAGCUGCUGGCGGCGGAGCCCAGCACCAGCUUCUGGGGGGGUGGGCGGCUCAUCCGCGUCCAGGGGAGCAGCCUGGACGUGGUGCAGCGGCCCCUGCUGUCGGUGUGGCUGGAGACCCCCGCAGAGGCACUGGCUAGUGGGGAGCUGGCCAGGCCCCAGGACCCCAAGCCCAGGAGGAGCUGCGGGGUCGCCGCUGCCGACCCCCAGGCUUGCAUCCAGUUUCCAGGGGGCUUGCUGCAAUGCUCCACAGUCUGCACCGUGAACUCGUCCAGCCUCCUCCUGUGCCUGAAUCCCGCCGUGCCCGGCGGGGCGUGCCCGAGCCGAGUCUUCCUCGCCCUGGACAACGUGCUGGUUAACUUUGCCCACGCCAGCGGGGACCAGGACUUCCGCUACCAGCCCAACCCGCACCUGGCUCCGCUCAGCCGCCACGGGCCCACCUGGCCCUUCCGCCUCAAGCCGGGCCACGUGCUGGACGUGGAGGGCGAGGGCCUCAACCUGGUCAUCAGCAAGGAGGAGGUGCGCGUGUGCAUCGGGGCCGGCGAGUGCCUGGUGAAGACGCUCACGCUCACCCACCUGUACUGCGAGCCGCCCCCGCGGGCCCCGCGGUCGGCCAACGGCUUUGGCUCCCUGCCGCAGUUCGAGGUGCAGAUGGGCAACGUGCGGCUGGCGCUGAGACCCGUGCAGUACGAGGCGGAGCCCGCGCUGGCCGCCUUCCCUGUGGCGGCUCAGGUGGGCCUGGGGAUGGGCGCCGCUGUGUUGAUCGCCUCCGUGCUCCUUCUCACUCUCACGUACAGGCACAAGAGCAAGCAGGCCCUGCGGGACUACCGGAAGGUUCUGGUGCAGCUGGAGAACCUGGAGAUUGGCGUGGGCGACCAGUGCCACAAGGAGUUCACAGACCUUAGUAGCGACCUGGAGGCCAGCGGAAUCCCCUUCCUGGACUACCGCACAUACACCGAGCCUGUCUUCUUCCCGGGCCACGGUGGCUGCCCGCUGCAGCCCCUGCCCGAUGGGCCCGAGGAAGAGGGCCGCCGCUCCACCAUGCACCAGGGCCUCACGCAGCUCUCCAACCUGCUCAACAGCAAGCUUUUCCUCCUCACGCUCAUCUGCACCCUGGAGGGGCAGCCCGGCUUCUCCCAGCAGGACCGCUGCCACGUGGCUUCUUUGCUGUCCCUGGUGCUGCACAGCAAGCUCAAAUACCUGACGGACAUUCUGCGGACCCUGCUUAGUGACCUGGCCGCCCAUUAUGUGGACAAGAACCCCAAGCUCAUGCUGCGCAGGAUGGAGACCAUGGCGGAGAAGCUGCUCACCAACUGGCUGGCCAUCCGUCUCUACGCUUUCCUGAGGAUGGUGGCUGGGGAGCCGCUGUACAUGCUUUUCCGAGCUAUCAAGUACCAGGUGGACAAGGGCCCCAUGGACGCUGUGACAGGCAAGGCCAAGUGGACCCUGAAUGACAGCCACCUGCUCUGGGAGGACAUGGACUUCCGGCCGCUGACGCUGACGGUGCUGGUGGGCCCUGGGGCUGGCGGGGCCGUGGGCAGCGGCGGGGAGCAGCGUGUGCUGGCCCGGGUGCUUGACACCUACAUGGUGACCCAGGUCAAGGAGAAGGUGUUGGACCAGGUCUACAAGGGCACGCCCUUCUCCCAGAGGCCCUCAGUGCACACCCUAGAUCUUGAGUGGUGUUCAGGCCUGGCAGGUCACCUAACCCUGUCUGACGAGGAGCUGACUUCCGUGACCCAGAACCACUGGAAGAGGCUUAAUACUCUCCAGCACUACAAGGUCCCAGAUGGGGCAACAGUGGGGCUCAUCCCCCAGCGGCACAAUGGGGGUGCCGUCUCCCAGAGCCUGGCCCAGAGCUGCUCCUCCGGGGAGAAUACCCCCAUGCUCGAGGACGGCGACGAGGACGGGGUGCGCCUCUGGCACCUGGUGAAGGCCACCGAGGAGCCAGAAGGGAUCAAGCCGUGGCGCAGCAGCCUGCGGGAGCGGGAGCAGGCGCGGGCCAAGGCCGUUCCGGAAAUCUACCUCACCCGCCUGCUCUUCAUGAAGGGCCGGGGGGCCCGGGGAGGCAGGGGGCGGGCGGACUGCACCGUGGGGAAACCAGGUCCUGGGGGAGUGGCAGCCGGCACGCCUCGCCCCUUGCGAGAAGCUGGCGGCUCAGCCUCACAGCCCGCCCCGCACGCGCCCCGCCCUCCACAGCCCCGCCCCGUACACGCUUCCAUUAGCGCCUUGUCCCCAGAUGGAGUCGGAGCACCUGGCGCGCCCCGCCCCCUACACGCCCUCACACGCACCCCGCCCCCAGAUGCAGUCAGCGCCCCCUGGCGCGCCCUGCCCUCCACACGCCACGCCCCCAACCCUAUGCGCCCCGCCCCCAGAUGCAGUUAGUGCCCGACGCGCCCCGCCCUCCACACGCACCGCCCCCAACCCCUACGCGCCUCGCCCAACCGGUCUGCGGACCCACCUCUCGGCUCCGCAGGGCACGCUGCAGAAGUUCAUGGACGACACCUUCCAGGCCAUCAUCAGCAUG